CCUGCGCGGCGAGACGACGCCAGCGGGUUUUCGAGGUGAUACACGGCCCGACGUUGCGGCCGCUCGAGCACGCCACUCUUAGAAAGAUCCGUGGCGGCACCAUGAAUACGUUCGUGUUCUUGGCACUUUGCGGUGCUGCCUUCGAGGCCGGAUGCGGCGACGUCACGGAGAGACUCCUACAGCAGCAAGCUCCGAUCAGGCCCUCCGUGUGCUACCAGCCGAAGGACACGGGACCUUGCUCCGGCCACUUCCCCCGCUUCUACUACAACACGACGACCAACACCUGCCAGCAGUUCGUUUUCGGAGGAUGCAAGGGCAACGCCAACCACUUCCUUACGCUCGAGGGAUGUGAGAGCAAGUGCGGCAACGCUUCGCUUACCGAUCAGCUCAUCAGGUCGAAGUUCAUCACCAAACUUGCGGUCCUCGACCCAGUCUGUGAGCUGCCAAAGAAGGUCGGCCCGUGCCGUGGUCACAUUCCCCGUUACUACUACAACACGACCACGGACACUUGCGAAGAGUUUGUGUACGGGGGAUGCCAGGGCAACGCCAACAACUUCCCAACGCUCAAUCAAUGCGAGACCAAGUGUGGUGGUAACUACACCGUCGAAGACCAAUCUUGGAAGAAACAUAUCAUGAAGCCUGGACCACUCCGUGCGAUAUGCGACCCGUCCAACCCUAGAGACCCUUGCCACCUUUAUUUACCAUUCGGGCCUUCAGUUGCUUUGGAGGACGUUAUUCGUGACAACCCGGUCCUCUCCAGGGAAGCAGUGGAAGUUUACCCGGGGUGUGACGAACCGAAGUACCCUGGACCCUGUGCCGGACACUUCCCUCGUUACUACUUUAACAACGCGAGCAAGAAUUGCGAGCAGUUCGUCUUCGGAGGAUGCCAGGCCAACGGCAACAACUUCGAGAGCGUCGACGAGUGCAUGAACAGAUGCUGGGUGCGAGCCUACGAGCCUACUCAAAAAAUAGUCAGCGCUGUCGAAGUUCCAUUUUGGCCCGUGGCGCCACCUGAAGUAUGUACCUAUCCGCCUGACGUGGGACCCUGCAAGGCGUACAUGCCUCGCUUCUUCUUCAACACGCUGACCAAUACGUGCGAGCAGUUCGUCUACGGAGGAUGCGGAGGCAACGCCAACAACUUCCUCACCUACGACGCGUGCCAGAAGAAAUGCAUGACUGUCUUUGGCGUCAUUCCCCGUGCCUGUGACAGCCACGAAAGCCUCUACAAGAUGCUCCGAGCUUUCAUUGUGUCAAACACUCUUCCCGAAAGCUUUCGUGGUCACAAGAUGAAGGCUCUAAAUUUGCUAGCACUCUUCGGCGCUACAUUUGGUUUCUUUGGACUGGCAACGAGUGGCCCAACAGGUUCUCCAAGAAUUCAGCUCGAAGACGCUGAUCGUAUUAUUUGGCCUGAUAUACAUCACUCGGCCGCCUCAUCAUCCUUCAAUCCGCAAGCGCCGACGGAUCGAAAGUUUGGCCCAAAGAACAUCGAUGGUGACCUGCGGUCCAGUACGAUAGAUGCGGACCGUAUUUAUUGGCACGACAUAACUCACUCCUCUUCGUCCUUCAAUCCACCAGGUGACAGUCGCAUUAUUUGGCCUGACAUACAUCACUCCGCGGCCUCCGCGUCUUUCCACCCGCAAGUGGGACUGAACCCUGUCUGCAACGAGACCAAGAACCCCGGCCUCUGCACCGGCUACUUCCCUCGCUAUUACUUCAACAACGUGACCAAGACUUGCGAGCAGUUUAUAUACGGAGGAUGCUGGGGCAACGGCAACAACUUCCACACCCUAGAGGAGUGCAAGGACGCAUGCUCGGCAUACCUGACCCAGUCAUCGCACAAGAUCGUAAGAGACUUCGAAGUUCCGCUCUUGGCCUUGGCCCUGCCUAAAGUCUGCACCUACCCGCCUGAGACGGGACCCUGCGAGGCUGCCAUGUCUCGCUACUACUACAACACCACGACCGAGACGUGCGAAGUGUUCACCUACGGAGGCUGUCACGGCAAUGGCAACAGGUUCCGCACGUAUUCUGACUGCGAGAAAAAAUGUAUGACGCUCGUCACUGUCAUUCCCCGUGCCUAAUGCACAGGACACGCCUUACCACAGACCAUGUUUUCAGGCAGAUGGAAAGUUUAUUAGAUACACGACUGCAAAGGGUCAGAAGGCUGGAGCACAUGGGACACAACAAUAAUGCGACAAAACAAUUCUGUGGUAAAGGCUUAUGCCGUAUAAGUAACACACUGAAGCGCGGAAAUAGUUCAUGCGUGCUCGAAGCAAAACUUGGCAUCAUGAGAAGCUGGAAAAUACAUUGCCAAUGAUAUUCUUAAAGAAACAGUUAGAAUGUGCACACGGUAGUUGCACCUAUUGAAAGAAUUUUUUAUUGAGCAGGUACUUUCUAAAAUACAGCAAAAUUGGUCAGAGCUGCAAAGUGGCAGCUACGGGUUUUUAUUUCAAGGAUAUCUGCUUUACUAUGGGUAACUCAUGGACUGGUGCAAAAUACACAUGAGCGAAAAAUGCCGCGAAAUGGUACAUCAAUCUAAAGACUAUAUCACACUUAAAAGCAGAUCCGACCUUGCUUAGUGGCAAAUAAAGUUCUCUUUCACUGG